AUGGAUUCUGAUGAACCAAAUGGGAAUGGCUUGAAGCAAGAGGCAGGGUUACCACCUCCUCCACCUGUCGUUCCAUCAAACUUCCGUCCUCAAUUUGAACCUGUAAAAAAGACUACUCUUCUCCCAAUGGCUCGGCGUGGCAGUGGGACCAAAGGACAGAAGAUUUCUCUGCUUACCAACCAUUUCAGAGUUAACUUUAACAAAGCAGACGGUUACUUCUUCCACUACAGUGUUGCUAUCGCAUAUGAAGAUGGCCGUCCAGUGGAGGCUAAAGGUAUAGGGCGACAGAUUCUUGACAAAGUUCAGGAAACCUAUAAAAGUGAUUUGGGGUUCAAAUACUUCGCUUAUGAUGGCGAGAAGACUCUCUUCACUGUUGGUGCUCUUCCCAGCAACAAACUUGACUUCUCUGUUGUCCUUGAAGAAAUGGCUUCUAGCAGAAAUAACACUGGAAAAGAUAGCCCGAAUGAAACAAAUGAUGCGGACAGGAAAAGAUCAAGACGUCCAUACCAAUCGAAAAAGUUCAUGGUGGAGAUAAGCUUUGCUGCCAAGAUCCCCAUGCAGGCUAUUGCGAGUGCUCUCCAAGGAAAGGAAACAGAUAGCCAUCAAGACGCUAUAAGAGUGCUCGAUGUGAUUUUGCGUCAGAGUGCAGCAAGGCAAGGUUGCCUUCUUGUUCGCCAAUCCUUUUUCCACAAUGACCCGAAGAACUUUGUAACUAUCGGUGGAGGUGUCAUUGGUUGCAGAGGCUUUCAUUCAAGCUUCAGAACUACCCAGGGAGGCUUAUCCUUGAACAUCGAUGUUUCAACUACGAUGAUAGUGCAACCUGGUCCUGUUGUUGAUUUUCUUAUCGCAAAUCAAGGAGUGAAAGAUCCAUUCUCUGUGGACUGGAACAAGGCUAAACGCACUCUCAAGAAUCUGAGAGUUAGGGUCACCACCACAAAUCGAGAAUACAAGAUAAGUGGAUUAAGUGAAAAUCGAUGCAAAGAUCAAAUGUUUACCUGGAGGAAGCCAAAUGGAAAGGGGGAAAUUGAGGAAGUUGAAAUCACAGUGUUCGAUUAUUUCCGUGAACGUGAAGUUCACCUGGAAUAUUCAGGUGACUUACCUUGUAUCAAUGUUGGUAAGCCGAAGCGUCCUACUUACAUCCCCGUUGAGCACUGUCAACUUGUUUCGCUACAACGCUAUACAAAAUCUCUUACCAAUUUCCAGAGGGCUUCCCUAGUAGAAAAGUCUAGGCAGAAGCCACUUGAGAGGAUGGCUGCGCUGACCAAUGGUCUGAAGAACAGCAAUUACAAUGCUGACCCGGCUUUGCAAGAAAGUGGUGUUAGCAUUGGCUCUAACUUCACCCAAGUGGAUGGCCGCAUAUUGCCAGCACCAAAGCUGAAAGUGGGAAACGGAGAGGACUUUUUCCCACGAAAUGGGCGUUGGAACUUCAAUAAUAAGAAACUUGUUGAGCCAGCCACAGUUACUAAAUGGGCGGUUGUGAACUUCUCUGCUCGCUGUGAUACACGUGGUCUUAUCCGCGAUUUGAUAAGAUGUGGACAGAUGAAAGGAAUUAACGUGGAGCCUCCAUUCAGUGACAUCUUCGAUGAGAAUCCUCAGUUUAGGCGUGCGCCUGCUAAUAUCAGAGUAGAGAAGAUGUUUGAGCAGAUACAGUCCAAACUUCCGGGGAAGCCUAAAUUCCUUCUUUGCAUACUCGCAGAGAGGAAAAACUCUGAUAUUUAUGGCCCAUGGAAAAAGAAGAAUCUGUCUGAUCUUGGAAUUGUGACUCAAUGUAUCGCUCCCACAAGGGUUAAUGAUCAGUAUCUCACCAAUGUUCUCCUGAAGAUAAAUGCCAAGCUUGGUGGAUUGAAUUCUUUACUAGCUAUGGAGCGCUCACCAGCAAUGCCUUUAGUAACACAAGUUCCUUCSAUCAUUGUUGGGAUGGAUGUAUCCCAUGGUUCCCCGGGCCACUCUGAUAUACCAUCAAUUGCUGCGGUUGUAAGCUCCAGGGCAUGGCCACUUAUCUCAAAAUAUAGGGCGUGUGUGCGUACACAAUCACGCAAAGUGGAAAUGAUUGAUAAUCUCUUCAAACCCGUCUCUUCUGACAAAGAUGAAGGAAUGUUCAGGGAGCUUUUGGUCGACUUUUACUCAAGUUCAGUGAAGAAAAAACCAGAUCACAUCAUCGUUUUCAGGGAUGGUGUGAGUGAGUCUCAGUUCAAUCAAGUUCUCAAUAUUGAGUUGGAUCAGAUGAAGGAGGCAUGCAAGUUUCUUGACUCGAAAUGGGACCCUAAGUUUAUAGUGAUCGUUGCUCAGAAGAACCACCACACCAAGUUCUUCCAGACUGGAGGCCCUGAUAAUGUUCCUCCAGGAACAAUAAUUGACAGCAAGAUCUGCCACCCGCGCAACAAUGACUUCUAUCUCUGUGCUCACGCUGGAAUGAUUGGAACUACGCGCCCGACGCAUUACCAUGUGCUCUACGAUGAGAUUGGAUUUUCAACUGAUGACCUCCAAGAGCUUGUGCAUUCUCUAUCCUAUGUCUACCAGAGGAGCACCACUGCCAUCUCAGUCGUUGCACCUAUAUGCUAUGCUCAUUUGGCAGCUGCACAGAUGGGAACUGUGAUGAAGUUCGAGGACAACUCUGAGAGGUCAUCGAGCCAUGGUGAGAUCACGACACCUGGAGCAGUCCCUGUGCCUCCAAUGCCAAAGCUCAAUGGUGAUGUUGCAAGCACCAUGUUCUUCUGUUGA